CCAUUGCUUCCAUUCCGUCCGUUUUGAUUUUGCAAAGCUUGCUCUGCCUUUCCCUCUUCUUCCCCUUAAUUCCCUUCUUCCGUUGAUCACCGGAUCAACCAACUUAGAAAUUUCGUUUCCGAAAACUAAAAGAAAACAAAAAAUAUUAAAAAAAAAUCGAAGACCACGUAAUUCGAUCAAUUUUGUUCUCGUAAAUUUUUUUUCUUUCUGAAUUUCGAGGAUUUUUUUUUGUUUGUUUUCUGUUGAGAAAUUGGGAGCUGAAUUUGAGGAGGAGGAAGCGAGGUUUUGGAAAAAAAAAUGAACCGGGGUCGGGUUCUCUAACGCUGAAUCCCCACACAGGAUGAUGGCCACAAUAGGGACGUGGUGAUAGGAGGAGGAAGAAGAAGGAGCGAGAGAUAAUGGAUUGCCGUGUGUGCAUGGCCGGAGGAGACGUUUGGAUGAGAGGUCAGAUCGGAGGGGCUCUGAGCCAGGAGAGCGAGCACGACCUGGCUUCGAUGGUCAGCGAUUUCUUGGAGAACGGUAGCGCCGGCGCCGGCGACUCUUGGUGUAGCAGCGAUAGCGACUCCGCUCAUCUCUCCGAUCUCGCUCACCUCGCUGAUAAGAUUGCGUGUUACAAGUGCUCGGUGGCUCAGUACGAAAAUGAUUUGGCAUCAGUGGUUCAUUCUCUUAUUCUGUCAAUCAGUGAAAACAAUCUUCAUCUUGUCAAGUCAGGUCCGUGCAAUGCCAGCUGCCUCAAGUUUUCUCUAGUAAAGCUUCUCAGGCUUUCUGGUUACGAUGCUGCUGUGUGUUCGGCUAGAUGGCAGGGCAGUGGAAAGGUCCCUGGAGGGGAUCAUGAAUAUAUAGAUGUGGUCAACCACAGCAAUACAGGGAGUUCUGAACGGCUCAUCAUUGACAUUGAUUUUCGAAGCCACUUUGAAAUAGCUAGAGCUGUUCAAUCAUAUGACAGGAUAUUGAAUUCGCUGCCAGUUGUUUAUGUGGGCUCCUUGACUAGGUUGAAACAGUUCCUUCAAGUUAUGGUUGAAGCAGCUAGAUCUUCCCUCAAGCAGAACUCAAUGCCUCUUCCUCCGUGGAGAUCACUUGCUUAUUUGCAAGCAAAAUGGCAGUCACCUUAUCAGAGACAGUUCGAUCUAGAUGAACAUAAUGGCAACAGUGUCUUCUCUUUUGACCACAAACAAUGCAGUGGACAUUUGAAGAUGCUGCAGUCCCAGCUUCACUCUGAAAUAGAAGCAAAUAGACUGUUGAAGCCCAAGAGCAAUGAUAAUAUCAGGAGACACAAGCCUGCGCGGAGUUAUUCUUUGUUCCGGGCUCUUUGAGAUGUACAGAUUUUUGGCCUUUGAGAUGAGAGAAUUGUACUGCGGCUUUUCAGAAUUUUUUUUCCCAUGACAUCAAAUAAGUGAUAACCAGAAUGAAGGGCAGAGGUCCAUAUCACCAACGCGAAUUAGCAAUAACCUGAGGCAUAUACUAUAUAGUGGAGACAUUUUCAUUGUUUUGUUUCUGCUGGGGAGUCAUACUAUAUUCUUUCACCUACAGUGCACAGACAUCAAACAACGCUAUCUGGUUUUUGGAAUCACUACUGGUUCAGUCCAGCAGCAUCACCGAACUAGUUGGUACUUGGUUGACUAUGGUGUACCAUUUUUGUUUUUGUUCUUUUAUAUCUUCUUGAAAUGUAUCCCUUGUCCUUAUUUUUGUUGGCCAAGGAAUUUGUGAUUGUAAUCUUUUUUCUUUCUUUUUCUACCAAUGUUGAGUUGCUUUUCUUCCCCAGUCGGAAUGGUUUCUUGGAGUAUAAUUAUUUUCACCCAAUAAAUACAAUAAAGUUUAUGUGAGAGA